AAAGUUUGAAGUUUCAUUUUCAAAGUGCAUUUGACUCUGAUAUGAAUUUACGUCUAUCUAUUGUUAAUGUUUGUUAUACCUGGAAAUUUCAUAGGUAUUUGCUAAGCAUAUCUGUUUUCUGUUAGGAAUCAAGUAAGGGUAUUUCGCAAGAUAUUUUGAAGAAUUUAAACAGCUUGAAAAAGUUCUGAAAUCAUGAGCUACCUCAUACCAAAUGAUCGAUUUAAACAUCAGUAUGAUAAGCUGAAUGAAAUUCGAAUUCGAUCAACCAUUUUUGGUUUGAUUCUAAUGGGCUUUUGUAUAAUAUUUUUAAUAUUAUCAGCCUGGAACUUAAAUAAUACAAUAAAUGAAACAGUUGAUGCUCAAUAUGUAUUUUACUUAAAUGCAGAACGCCCACUUAUACGUACAGUAUCAGACAAGUUUUUGUCGUUUGGAAUUGAUACAUCUCAACUUCGUGAUAUGAAAAGUCUUCCCAUUGUAAAUGAAAAAUUUAUUAAUUUAGCUCGGCAUCUUGCACCUGCUUACGUUCGAAUAGGUGGUACAUCCGCGGAUUGCUUAUUUUUUAAUCAGACAACAACAGAAAUAACUUCGGAACAAAUAAUUAGCGCAGUGGAUGAUCAAGAUAUAAGUAAUUUCACGAUCAAUAACAUACAUUUCGAAAAUUUGUACAACUUUGCAAUAAGGUCAAAGUUGCGAAUGAUCUUUGAUCUGAAUGUAUUAAUUAGAAAUCCAAAUAAUUCCUGGGAUAAUACUAAUGCUAAGAGUAUAAUCUCAUUUGCUAAAGAAAAAAAUAUGAAGUUGGAUUGGCAAUUAGGAAAUGAACCCAAUUCUUUUCAUCAUGUAUUCAAUAGAACUGUUACUGCAAUUCAACUUGCAAAUGAUUAUUAUCAAUUAAGGAAACUGUUAAAUGAAGCAGGAUACGAUGAAAGUCUUCUUGUGGGUCCAGAAAUAAAUCAUGUAGGGGAACCCAAUUUCAUGGGAGAGCAUUAUGCAGAAAUAUUUUUGGAAAAUGAUAAAGACAGUGUAAAUUAUGUUACUUGGCAUCAAUAUUACCUUAAUGGAAGGGAAGCUAGGGUAAUUGAUUUUAUAAAUGUUUCAACCUUUAAUUAUUUGUCGCAACAAAUUGAAUCUAUGAAGAAAGCAAUUCAAUUGUCAGGAAAAAAUAUCUCAAUGUGGUUAUCUGAAACUAGUACAGCUUAUGGUGGAGGUGCUCCAGGAUUAUCGGAUAGAUUUGUAGCUGGCUUUCUAUGGCUUGAUAAAUUGGGAUACAGUGCUAAUGCAGGAUUGAAUGUUGUUACCAGACAAUCAUUGUUUGGUGGAGAUUAUGCUAUGAUUGGACCUGAUCUUCAACCAAAUCCUGAUUGGUGGCUUAGCGUAGUUUAUAAGCAGUUUGUAUCAAACAAGGUUUUAGAAUUAGCAACAAACAAUUUUGGUCGUCUACGACUUUAUGCACAUUGUACUCCUGAAAAAGCAUUGAUCAGUAAAGUUCCAGCAAUUACAAUAUAUGGAAUAAAUAUAGAUGAAAUUCCUAUUGGUAUUACCAUUCAAGGAAUUCCUGUACUUCAUAAAAAUGCCAAAGCAUUUUUAUAUGCGCUUACUUCAGACAAGCUACAGUCAAGAGAUAUAAAAAUGAAUGGAAAAAUAUUACAAUUACAACCUAAUGGAAAUUUACCACCCUUUAGACCAAUCAUAUUGGAACUUGCACAAGUAAUUACUUUACCCCCUUAUUCUAUGGUAUUCAUUGUAAUACACGAUACAAAAGUUUCAGCAUGUAAUGUAUAGGUAAUGUACAAUGAAUCCAUUCGCUUAUAUGCUUUUUUUUAUAUCAGACAUUUUUCUAUUUAUUAAACAUUGAUAAUAUAUCUUCAUAAAACAUAUUUUUAUAAUCUUUCACCAAAGAACGAAAAAUGACUAAUAAAAGAAUUUAAAUAUAUUAAAAAACCUGUUAAAACAUUUUAUACAUAUAUAUGUGUGUGUGUUUGAGUUUAUACGUAUAUUAUAAAUAUAUAUAUGUAUAUGUAAAUGACUACAUUCACAGCAUUUAAUGUAUAUAAUUUGUUACGGUGAUUACAUAAUAUACUAUGCAGAGAAUGUCA